CCGGUUCCCACGCAAACUGACACCCAAACCGCCACGCAGAAGAAGAACAGGGUAGCAGACACAGUCAUGCAUAGAUAGACACGGUGGAUUGACAUGAGUGACAUGCCAAUGUUCCUUCACAGAGUCUCCUUCGCUUCACUCCUUUUUGUUUCUUUUGUUCUCGACACUUCCUGUUGCUCGACAGUUGAAUCGGAUAGAUAAGCGCGCGGGCGUGAACAACAGACAAAACAUCGAACUCAACCCGUCCCCUUCUUCAGCCUCGACGGCACACUUACGGAUUCUGGACAGUCGACGGCGCCGAAUACGACAAGAUGGCUAUGCAACUCCCGACUGUCAAUGGCGUGCCGGUGAUCAUGCCCCCACCGGAGGGCUAUGUGGUGGACUUUGAGAACCCAGCGCGCAACAGCGUGACAGAGGCCUACUGGCUCUUUGGAGUUGGUAACUUCUUGGCUCUGUUGUUCAUGAUGCAGCAUCUCUACACUAAGGCAUUCAUCAGAAGGAGGUUUCAGAUCGAAGAUGCCUCUCUGAUCAUUGCCUGGGGAUGCUCCAUCGCGCUGCAGUCCAUGAUCGUUCGGGACUUUAUGAGAGGAAUCAUGGGAACACACUCGUGGGAAAUGCCCGUCACCAAGUUCCUCCUGUUCCUCAGAGCGCUCUACCUCCUGCCGAUUCUGUACAACCCGGUUCAAUGUGGCGCCAAGCUGGCACUUUUGCUGCUCUAUCGAAGGCUAGCGCCACAAUUGUGGUACCAGAUUACCGUUUACGUCGUCAUGUUCAUCGUCGUCGGUUCAUCGUUCGCCAUCAUGUUCGCCGCCAUCUUCCCUUGCAACCCCGUCCAGUCAGCUUGGGACAUCAGCAUCCCCGGCGAGUGCAUCAACCGGCCCGCUCUGUACCAGGCCACGGCUAUCCUCGGUGCCAUCACCGAUCUGAUGGUGCUGGCGGUGCCAAUUCCAAUCGUUGUCAAGCUUCAUGUCCCUCUCAAGCACAAGAUCGCUCUGAUUGCUGCCUUUAGCGUCGGUGGAAUCACGUCUUUCACCUCCAUCAUGCGUCUCCACGCUUUGAUCGUCUCCAUGGGAGACAUUGACCAAUCUUGGGGCGGUGGCCCCGUUCUCCUCUGGAUUUUCGCCGAAGCCAACCUCUCCGUCAUCUGCGGCACCCUCCCCACCAUCAAGCCCUUCCUCAACCACUUCAUCCCCCGCCUCCUCGGCUCUUCCAACGCCCGCUCCGCCUACCCCGUCAACAGCGGCCUCUCCAAGUCCGGGGGCCCCCCCACCUUUGGCGGCGGCGGCGGCGGCAACCAGUCCCAAUCUCAAAAGCGCGACAAGUACCAGCGCUUCGACGACGACAUCAUGUACCCCCUCGAGACCGUCGUCGCCGUCGAGACGGGCGAUGACUAUGCUUCCUCGGAGCCGACCAGGAAGAGCGAGAGCGGGUCCGAGAAGGCGAUUAACCCUGGUGGUAUUGUGCAGACCAAGACUGCUACUAUCACUUACCAGAAUGCACAUGCCAGGUAGAAGGGGUUGUGGGAUGGUGAAUAAAAGGGGAGUUGGAUGUUGGGAUGAGGAAAAUAUGAUACCACUGGGAGGGCUGUUGGUUUUCUGGCGAAAAUCAUGUUUACGUUCUUUUGUUUGAAGCGAUUUCUUUUUGAUUAUUAGACUUUUUUAUUUUAAAAAAUAGAUGAAAAUGGGGGUGGGAGGAAAACACGGAAUUCCACUGGCACCACGACAUUGUCUCAUGCUGGUGAUGCUG